AUGCCGCCGACUCCACCACCUCGUCCGGAGGGCUUCUCUUCGUCCUCAACCACGACUCCAUCCAAGACUGGUCAGACAGCCUCUACCAUCUCGGCCUCCAAUUCAUUGCUCGAUCUACUCGCCGGCGCUCCUGGGCGCGUCACUUCGCCGCCUUCCUCAUCGGCUGCCGCCUCGUCUUCACUUGCUUCUCUUCUCUCUCAGCCAUCGGAGUCGCAACAAUCCCCGUCGCCCGCGUCGUCCGCACCUCUCCCUACGCCUUUGAGCGCGCCUUCGACAAACGGAGUGCACAAAGCCCCAGGGAUCGCACCAAGCGCCAUGUCUGACUCUUCGCAGCAGCAGCAACAGCCGGGGCGAGACGUGAGCCACCUCAUGCAAAAGUUCUUGGCACCUUCCUCUCCGCUGCUAGUGGUAUCACCGAAUGGCAAGACCGCUGAAAAUGCGGAUCCAAUGGAACAGACGUCCAGUCCCAGUCAGCCUUCACAAGCCCCUCAGAACAAAGUGCUCCAACUGCCACCUUCCCCUCCUAGCUCCGAAAGCAGUGCGACCGCCACAAAGCUUCGUCCAGCGCCUACAGAUCAGAAAUCCUCAACUGAUGGAACAAAGCCUUCAGCGCCCGGUCAGGAGACACCUUCUGCCAAUGGUCCCUCUUCCAAGUCGUUGCCGCCUCCACCUGCUUCGAGUGCGCCCGCAGCCCCCUCGCCCUCGGUCAAGACACCAUUUGACUUUGUCAGUCCCUUCGACAUGCUUUCCAAGCGCGAUGACCCUGUCACAACAGCCCCAGCAGCUCCCUCUCAGUCAUAUCCCGCCGCUCAAGCCAAACAGGAAUUUAUCCAGUCUUCCAAUGGAUACGAAGCCGCGAGCGCAGGUAUCGAAAGCUUGCUUCAGAAGCUCUCGUCAUCAGCGCAAGCAAACAAAGCUUCUCAAAGGCCCUCCUCAGCCGGUCAGACAACUUCGCUUCUGGCCCUUGCUGGACCAACUCCACCACCGAAGAAAACGGAACCAGAGAGCCAGCCAUCAGAGACAUCUUCAGCUGUGUCUGCAAACACUCCCGCUUCAUCGGGCUCGUCUCCAACUCGACCAACAUUCCGAAGGCUGCCAACCGUUCCCGCCGUACUCAAUGCACCGGACAAGCAGCAUCACGCCUCACGCCACGUCGCAUUGCUCAGACAAGAAGAUGCUUUCGAUGAUCCCAAGUCUUCGGGACUCUCUGUCCUAUCGCCUUCUCGCUCCUCCAGCGCUCCCAGCAUUGCUACCCUCGAUCUUGCCGCCAAGCAGCCAGGUGGCCUUUCCAGCUUGAGACACACCAAGGUCGAGACUUCGGGUGUCGCUCUCAUCUCUUCACCCUUCCAUUUCCCUUGCAACGUCUCCGCUGCCGGCCUCCUUCCAGCCUCGCGCGUCGCCAACUUUGGCCACGAUGUUGCCUGCUACAGCAUGUCGAAAGGCAAGAUCAGGCUUAUCCACGUCGGAACAGGAGCGAGGCUGUUGGUGCAAACGCCCAAGAAAGCUUCCAUCAGGUCCAUUGUCGCCUUCGAGUCGGAUGAGAACGGCGGAACUUUCCUGCUCGCCGCCCUGGUUGAGCGAUCGAAGGAUGCCCAGGACGAAGGCGUCGUCCUCUGGCAGGUCCCUUCUGCCUUUGUGCUGCAAGGCAAGGAGGAUUCAGAACCUACUCUGCUCGCUCGCGUCACCGCCGACCCUUACAAGAGCACCUUUGUCUAUCGCUUCACAGCUAUUGCCUGGAACCCGACGCAGCCCAAGCUCGCCAUCUCUACCAGCGAUAGCAACGUCGUUGUCUUCGACGUAGGACGACAGCUGCUCGCAUCAUCCAAGAGCUUCCGGUCAUUUGACGAAUCCGAAGUCGACCCGCAAAGCAAAGACGUGGCUCGCAACGAGCCUCUGGCCGGCUUCGCUUUCUCCCCGGACGGGACCAUGCUUGCCACGAUCUCGGCACCGCUCGAAGGCGACGUCUCGUGGAUCCUGGGCUUCAAGAGCCUGGACGGGAAAGCGUCUGCCGUGGACGACAUGUCCUUCCUCAUCAAGUCACCUUUGCAAGAGCCAAUGAUCAUCAGCCAUCUCUCCUUCAUUGCUGGAUCCAACACGGACGGCGCUGAGAACGACGAUGCCUCCCAAGCCACAGCAAUUCGAGGUGUCCUCAUCGGCUUCAGAUGCAACACCAUCUUGGGUCUAUACGAUCUCGCCUCGCGCUCUUUCAAGCAUGUCUGGAAGUUCCAAAGCCCACCACAGGCAUCCGCGGGCGUGGAGGAGCACUUCAACCUCGUCCACCUGGACAAACAGAGCAACACCCUGUUGGUUUGCAACAGCUUCCGCUCAUCCAUCUUUGCCGUGCCGCUCGAUCUGCAGCCGCUCCCCUCCCUUUCGGGCGGCACCAAGCUGGCGGAUCGUGCAUCGCUACCAACCCGCCUCGAGCAGGGUCUGCUGCCAUGGAGCAUCCAACUCUCCUACCCGAUCGAAGAGUAUGCUCUGCAGGACCCAUGCACUUCGGUGACCAUCAGCUCCAAUGUCGAUGACGCGGACGAACCGGCCAGGCUCUUCGUGGCCUUCCCGGAGGGCAUCAGCGUGGUUCAACUGCUGAAGCCUGAGUGUCCUGCCGAGGAGUCUGAGAACAACCUUGCAGCACCGGCUGACGAGAAGCCCGAGGCCGAGCCUGUCCCGGUUGCAGCGGCACCAGAGGAGCCGUCUCAAGCAUCCGCGAUCGAUGCACAGCCAGCACUCAGCAAGUCGAGCAAAAAGAAGAGCAAGAAGAAGAAGGCUGCCGCUGCUGCUGCCUCUGCAGAGGAAGCGGUUCCCAGCAGGCCUGAGGAGUCAUUUGACAUCAGCCAAGCGCCCAGCGCCGAGCCUCCUAUUGUCGCCGCUUCGGACGAGGAGCCGAGCGAACAGCAUCCUUCAGCUUCGACACCCAGGGGAAGCGCAUCCGUUAAAGAAGCUCCAGCGCAGCAGCCUCCAGCCGAGAUCAGCUUUUCUGCCGAUGAUGUCAAUGCCGCCCUCUCGGACACGAUCACUUCGGCAGUGCACGACGCCGUUUCUGCCAACAUCAGCAACGGCUUCCAGCAAUCCAUCGAGACCGCCAUACCUCAAGAGGUAGAGCGACUCAUCACCUCGACCGAACUCAAGGCCGAGCUCACCCGCAACAUCGCCCAGACCAUCCUGCCCGCAGUACAGCGAACCGCCAUGGAGGUGGUCAGCCGCGUUCUCGCGCCUCACUUCGAGGAGGUCAUGAUGCAGGUCUCUGACCGCGUCGAGCGCACUAUCGUCUCGGAAAUCACCAACGUCAGAAAGACGCUGAUUGCCGAGCAGGCCACAUCCUUGAACGACACGGACAAGGUGGUCAAGGCGAUCCAAGAACAAGUCAACGACGUGCUUGUGCGGGUCAAGGACCUCAAGGUUCAGCAAACAGACAAGAUUGUCGAGCUUAAGACCGAAGAGGCUCCUCGCGAAACAACAAAGCUGAACGGUGCGAGCCGACUCGUCUCCACCUCUGCAGACGAGCUCUCCGAGGUCGAAGCUGCUCCCGCCGUCAAAGCUCGUGACUUCUCCGAGACCGCACCCGCUCCCACCACCCCUCCUCAGCAGAACGCUCGCAACACGUCACUCGAAGGCAUGCAACUCGCGCCGGCUGCCCUGCCGACGAAGUGCCGCCUUCCUGAGCGCGUUGCCAUCAUCGGUGCCGGUCCCGUUGGUUGUCUCGCCGGUCUCGCUUUCGCUCAGCGUGGCUGCAAGGUCGACAUCUUCGAAUCUCGCCCUGAUCCGCGCACGGACGAAGCGGUCGCACGUGCAUCGCAGCGCAGCAUCAACCUCGCACUCUCCACUCGUGGCAUCACCGGUCUUCGCAGCGUCAGCCUGGUUGGCCUAGGCAAGUACGCCUCGAGCGGCAAGGACCUUGCUGAUCUCGUUCUGCAGGACUCCGUGCCUAUGAGGGCAAGAAUGAUCCACGUCGUGACGAAGCAGGCGACCAACGGCAGGGACGCACAGGUCAAAGAGAUCAGCCAGUUGUACAGCACCAAGGGCGAGAGCAUCAACUCGGUGGAUCGCGGUAGGCUCAACAACAUCCUGCUCGACCACGCCCUGAUGCAUCCCAACGUCGACGUGCACUUCGAGCACAAGCUGCAGACCGUUGACUUUGACCACGAUACGAGAUCAGCGGGACAGCAGGCGUCGGUGCCUGUCGCCAACGGUGUCACUGUGAAGAAGUCGAUUCGCGGUGCCAAUGGCAACAGGCCCGGCGGGGAGUCGUCUGCUGAUGAGUCGUAUCGUCGCGGCGGGAAGGGCAAGGCUCUUUCCAGUAAGAACCGACGCAAUGGCCAGCAACAGCAGCAGGCCAAGUCAUCUGCCGCCGAUCGUCUGCGCCUCGAGUUCAACGUGCACAGCAACAACCAGCGUAUUCCCAAGACGACGUCCACGCACCUUGCGUCCUUCGUCGUGGGCUGCGACGGCGCUCACUCCUCCAUCCGCUCCGCCAUGGGCAGCCUCAUCCGCAUGCACUACACGCACAACUACAUCGACACGGGCUACGUCGAGCUUUCGAUCCCGGCACGCACCUCGCUCUCCUCGGGCUCGCGCAUCCGCGGCUCCGGCGGGUCAGACGGCAAACCCGGUGGUCACGACGCCUUCCACCUCGACCCGAACCACCUGCAUAUCUGGCCGCGCCACUCGUUCAUGCUCAUCGCGCUGCCCAACCUCGACGGAAGCUUCACGUGCACGCUGUUUGCGCCGUUCAAGAUGUUUGCCUCUGAGCUGUCCAACAAAGACGGCAUACUGAGUGUGUUCAGGGAGCACUUCCCGGAUGCACUGCCUCUGAUCGGCGAGGAGAAGCUGGUGGAGAGUCUGACGAGUCGUCGCGCGAGUGCGCUGGGGAGCGUCCAGUGCGAUCCGUACCACUACAAGGACCGAGCGGUGCUGAUCGGCGAUGCGGCGCAUGCGAUGCUGCCCUUCUACGGCCAAGGGCUCAACUGUGGGUUUGAAGACGUCCGUGUGAUGUUCGACAUCAUCGACGACAGUGAGGUGCUGCAGGAUGCGCUGGAGAGGUAUACCAAGGAACGCCACCCGGAUUUGGUGGCCAUCUUGCAGUUGGCCGAACAGAACUAUCGCGAGAUGGCGCAUAGCGUCGUGUCGUGGCCGUACCUGUUGCGGAAGAAGCUCGAUGGGCUGCUGAUGAGCGUGCUGCCGGCGAGCGUGUGGAGCAGCUUGUACGCCAUGACGACGUUCAGCAAUCUGCCGUACUCGACGGUGAUCAAGGCCGAACAGCGACAGCAGCGGGUCAUCAGCAAUGUCCUGCUCACGUCGGUUGUUGGCGUGCUGACGGGUGCUGUGGUGGGCGCGUACAGGACAAGGGGCGUCUGGCAGCCGGUUACGAAGGGAUGGAUCGAGGGGCUGCAGAAGAAGGUCGCGUAA